AUGGUUGCAUCACAAGAUGCCUUAUUUUGUUUUGAUGUUUUUCCUGUAGGGUUGGAAUUGAUGGAGUGCCUUUUACAUCACGUGGUUUAUGGAGCUAGACUUGAGACAUCUGUAUAUGGUUUGACAUUGGAAAUAUAUGCAUGGGGCUAUAGAAUACUUGAGGCUAAGACUUGCUCUGCUCCCCAAUUUUCCUAUGGUUUUGGUUGUGAUUACAUUUUGUCUUUAUUCUGUGGAGGAGGAGAUUAUUAUUUUCUCUUUCCUUUGACGGCCUUUUGUAAUUAG